UGUUAUUGACUCAUAGGCAGAGAAAACAGAAAAGGAGUUUCAAGGUCUUUCCUCCAACCAGUUAUAAAACUGCUCUUGGGUAUGAUUCUAGUCGGAUCAACCAUACCAGUUAGAACACAACCAUGCGAACGAUGAAGCUGACUCUCAUAUAUUUCCCUUUGCUAAUUGUGUUCGCUAAAUGCCAACAAACUGUAACUAAUGCAAACUUAGUGACAUCACGAAGCCACGAUGAUCCCGAAGAAGAUGGUACCGAUGUAUCUUCUAUGAUAAAUAUGACCGUAGCAAUUUCGACUACUGAAAUCCCGACAACUACGAUGACUCCAGAGAUGCAAGCUGUUAAAUCAUGGGAGGAAAUGGAAAAAUCUUUGAAAAGUACGGUCGAAGAUAUCAUCAAACAAGCUUUACCAUUUUUCCUAGAAAAGAGUUCGAAAUUGAAAAUAUCGGGACGUUGCCAAGCUCAUUUGUUACAAUUGGUGUUUGCAUUGCAGAAAUUAAAACCAUGGGCAUUUUACAUGUUGGACGCAUUGGGUAAACCAUUAACAGGAACAUUAAUGGGUUCUGUUUCUUCAUUCGGUUCCUAUGACGAAUGUCUCGACGUUAUGGUUAAUAACGAAAGAAGUGGAAAAUAUUUGUUCCAAGGACAAUACUGUUCGUUAGAAUUGCAUCUUCCAUUACCUCCCAAGCCUAGAUAUUAUCGAAUUCAAGAAACGUUAGAUGCAUUUGCAAAUUUUAGCGUCGAAAAAGAUACUAUUCUUAGAGAUAUAUCCAAAAUUGCCCAUUUAUUUUAUUCAAUUCCCUUUCGUUUGGAUCUCUGUAUGCCAUCAACAUGUAGUAAAGAUGAUGUCGAAGAAAUAAUUCGAAGUUUUACAAGUGAAUACGGUAUAAGAUCUGUGGUAAAAAGAUGCGAGAUCAAAGAAGAGUGGAGUGCAGAUAAUUAUGAAAUUGGAAUUUUCUGCGCUUUUGGAGUUAUUCUUAUAAUUGUUAUCUUAGGAUCUUUAUUGGAAAUGUUUUACUUAUGCUCAGGAAAUUCUCAUCAAGAUUAUGAUGAAAAGAGAACAGUUUCGAAAAUUUUGCUUUGCUUUUCUAUAUAUUCAAAUUCCAGGAAGUUAUUUAAUACAGAAGUAAAAGAAGAUAGAUUAUUAGUCAUUCAUGGACUGAAAGCUUUAACUCUCAUGUGGAUGAUGUUUGCAAAUGUCUAUUUUGCUACAAACAGAUUAUGCUUUAGUACUCUUCGACAAAUGAUCAAAUUUCCUGACAUUGAAAUAUUUCAAGUGCUUAUAAAUUUUUCUCUUUCUGUUGAUAACCUCUUAUUUUCCAGUGGAGUAAUUGUAGCGUAUAUGAGUUUAAGAUCGGUAGAGAAAUUUAAUCAAAAUUUUUCUAUAAUUCCCUUUUUGUUAAAAAGAAUUUGGAGGACUCUGCCUUCUUUGAUGCUACUUAUUGGAAUAUCGAUGCUGAUACCAAUGUUUGGAUCGGGACCACUGUGGAAAGAAGUAAUGAAUCCUCAUGUCGAAAAUUGUAAAAAUAAUUGGUGGACAAAUCUGCUUUUUAUUAAUAACUUCAUCACCAAGCCUGACAAAACUUGCUUUACAGAUUCUGUAUACUUUUCUGUGGACAUUCAACUAUAUAUCAUUUCAUUAAUUGUAUUUAUACCUUUACACAUCUUCAGAUCCAACAAAUGGGCCAUGAUAUUUAAUUUUCUUUUAAUAAUUGGAUCAAUAAUAUCAACAAGUGUUUUAACCCAUGUCUACAAAUUACCACCUACAAUGCUAUUUACAUAUUUGGAUCCAGAAGAUCUGAAUGAUGUUAAAGAUAAAAUUUUUCAUAAACCCUAUUGCCAUAUCGGAGCUUAUUUUAUUGGGAUUGCAAUGGGAUGGUUUUUGUACAAAAAUAAAGAUGCAAAAAUGAAAAUGUGGCAGCAUAUGAUAGGAUGGCCAAUUUCUCUAGCUACCAGCAUGGCCGUUCUAUUUGGAGUUUACGAAUGGAACAGGGGCAACGUUCCCAGCGAUUCUGUGUCAUCUUUAUAUGCUGGAUUACAUAGAAGCGUGUGGGCAUUAACUUUAGCAUGGUUUACAGCUGUUUGUUAUUAUGGUCAAGGAGGUAUUUUCAGGAAGUUGUUCACAUGGAAAGCAUUCGUGCCUCUUAGUAGAUUAACUUUCGUAUCAUUCUUAAUUCAGUAUAUUGUAUUAUUAAUCAUCUGUGGAUUUUUGAGGGAGCGUAUUCAACCUAAUCAUAUCAUUGCGUUCUUUCUUGCCUGUGGAUUGUAUUUGAUCUCAUACUUAGUAGCGUAUGCGUGUUGGAUACUCUUUGAUGGACCAGUUCAAUCUCUCAAAAAGAUGUUUUUCGAUUCCCAAGAAUUGGAAACAAAGCAUAAAGUUCAUUUUAUAAAUGAUCAAUAUUUAAACGAGAAAAAUACGAAAAAAUAUGAUUUAUAUAGAAUUAAUUCGGACGCUUAAAGUUUUUAAUUAUUACUUAAUUUUAAUAAUAAAAUCUUUGUAAAGUACUACAUAUCAUUCUAAAUGGCAUUUUAUUUUGUUGUACUGUAUUUUAUAUUUAUGUACAGAUGAAUCAUUAGGAGUAAAACGAUUUUGGGAGAUGAUAUAUUAAAUAAAAUUAAGCAAUACAAAAUUCUUUUUACAGAAUUCAUGAACUGAAUUGUGCAAUUUAGCUCAUAGAUCAUGUUUAUUGUAGCAAUAUCUUAAAUCAAAAGUACAAUUCUUUAUACUUUUGAUUUAAGAUAUUGCUUUCUGUAUUUACUAAUACGAAAAAAUGUCUAUUCUCCGUGGAUUUCCGUUAAGAAAAUUAUAUCUUUAAUUAAUCAUUGUUCAAAUUUAUCUGUAUCAGAGGUUCUUAAACCUUUUUUUGUGCCAUAGAUCUAUUUGGAAAUCUUUUGAAGCCUAUGAAUCUUCCUUCAGAGUAAUGUUUUUAAAGGAACAACGUAAUCUGUAAUUAGAUAAUAAUAUAACGGGAAAGAAUAUGCUGUCUAAUCGCAUCACUUAUCCGAAGUACAAAUUUUUGUUUUUACAUUUUUCCCUCUUCAUUUCUUGAAGUUUCAAGAGUCCAAAAAUGUAAAAAUUGGGGAGGGGGUUAUUUUGACCGAUCGCCAUCUGUUAAAUUUUAUAUAACAGUCGCAGUUUGGGAAAGUAAAAUAUAAUAGCCAAUCAUUGUUUCAUAUUAUUUAAGGAUCAAUGUGUUGAUUAGAUUUCAUUUAUCUCCAGUUCGAUAGACGUUUCAUCUAUCGAACUGAUGCACUUUAUUGUACAGUACUUGGUUGGCUAUAUGUUAAUAUGUUGAUUACAAAUAAUAAUAAUAACUGUUCCUCAGAUCAGACUUAAAUUUAACAUCAUAAACGUAAAUAAUAUUUAUCAAUUUAUGCAAACUGUCCUUUGUCAUCAAUAUUUACUUUCUUAUCACAUUUUUAUUUAUAGGAAAAAUGUGGCAAGACUUGUUUGGAAGUCAAAUUUAGACUUCCUUGAAUAUAUAGGAUAGGUUAUUUAAAGUUAUGCCUUUAAAGAAAGUAUUUGUAUUUUCAAUUUAAGUAUUUUCAUGAAUAUGGAGGAGCUGGACUCAAAGCAUUGGAGAGCCCCUUAGCAUAUUUUCCUAAGGCUCUAAAAUUUCUAGUUAUGCCACUGUUGCCUAAAUUUAUGAUUGAAGGAAAUACUAAAUUUCAGGUUAGUGAGAAUAAAGAUGUACUUUUCCCCAUUUAAAUUCAUAGAUCAACUAAAAUUAAUGUAUGGACAUUCAAGGGAUCCAUGGAUCUCAGGUUGAGUCUUCAUCUACUGUAUAAAGUAAAUGUAAAUCUUGUUUGAAUUUCAGAGGGUAAACAAAUCAUAAAGUAUAAUUUUAUUUUAUAAAUGAUUGACAUUUUGCUUGUAUUCAAUUAUAUUUUUGCUUGAUUUUAUCAUUAUCAUCAUCCCAAAGUUAUUUUAUUAAUGCUAUUAAAACACAUUCAAAAACGUAAGUAACAAUAUAGAGCUGUAUAAAAAAUGAAAUACCAAUUAAAAUAUAUGUAUAUUUAAUUAAAACAUUCAAUAUUCAUAUUUAUAUAUAUUGAAUGUUUAAAAAUUUUAUAAUUAAUAUUUUUAAAUAAUAAUAUUGUAUAUAUAUUUUACAACAUUGUAGUUACUGUGGAUAUUCUACAGAUAAAUUAUGUAAAAAUAUUAACAAAUUGUGCCCAAUUUUAAUCAAGAAAAUGUUUGUUUUAA